AUGUCUUUGACUUCGGUUGUAAUUGGUGCCAGAGCAAAACAUACAGCCACUGUCUUUUGGCUUCAUGGCCUCGGUGACUCAGGUGCUGGAUGGUCAUUCCUGGCUGAAGAGCUUGGUAAAGCCUUCCCUCAUGUCAAGUGGAUUCUUCCUAAUGCUCCUGUUGCGCCAAUCUCUAUGAAUUUUGGUUAUCUUAUGCCAGCCUGGUUUGAUCUUCAUGGGCUCACUAAAGAAAGUUUAGAGACGGAGGAUGAAGAGGGCAUGCUUGCUUCAUUAGAAUCAGUUGGCAAGCUCAUUCGCGAUGAAGUCGAUAGCGGUACUCCUGCUAAUCGUAUCGUCGUAGGCGGCUUCUCUCAAGGAUGUGCGCUCUCAUUAUUGACAGGUUUAACAUCAGAGUAUAAGUUUGGAGGCAUUGUUGGCUGUAGUGGUUGGCUUGCAUUAUCAAAGAGAAUAUCUCAACUCGCGUCAGAUGCCAACAAGAACACUCCCAUUUUGAUGUGCCAUGGUGAUCGAGAUCAAGUGGUUAAAUAUGAAUAUGGUAAAGAAUCUGCUGAAACAUUACAAUCCUUAGGCUAUAAUGUCAGCUUCAAAACCUAUCCUGGCCUCACUCAUUCUGCCAAUGCACAAGAGCUUGCUGAUAUCUCAGAGUUUCUGCAAAAGGUUAUUCCUCACAACUAA